AUGGAUAAAGGUGAUGUAGAGAUGUUGGACGUUGAAAAGAAUGUCCCUUCUAGUUAUGACCUUGUGUCCAAUGAGUCACCGGUGAAGUGCGAAAGCAUUGCUGAGGACAAGACACAUUAUCAGAGUAAUUCAAAGAGAGAGGACUUUAAGAAUGCUAGAAAUGAGACAGAGGACCAGCUCAACUCUAAGAUUCAGCCAGAGGCACACGACAAUGUGGUGCUGGAGAACAAAACACCUACUAUCGAUGCUGGAACGGAUGAUAUGGUAAGUGGCUAUCCAAAUUUGACUGAUGAUGAAGUACACAAUAUUGAUGAAGGAGAAGUGAAUGAAGUUCACCAGAGUGAGAAAAUGAUCUAUGAGGACCCUCAAAUAGAAUCAAACCCUACAACUAUUACCAUUGAUGGUGAUGCUAGGUUGUGCGAGUUUCCAAAAGUGAAACUCGAAGUUACUGAUUCUGCAAAUGUUGAUAGUGAGGAUGAUGAAGGCUCCCCUGAGGAUCAAGCUGCCUUUUUAGGAAAACUAGGAACGUUUUACUGGGAAAAGGCAAUGGAAUUUAAACCGCCUAGGUUUUAUGGUCAUCAACUUAACUGCUUAAAGUUAUGGAGAUCUGUGAUCAGAUUAAGCGGCUAUGAUCAGGUAACUGGAUACAAGUUGUGGCGGCAAAUGGGAGACUCCUUUAAUCCCCCAAGUGAACAUUUAGUUGGGCCUGGUUAUUUCUGUUUUUCUAGCAACUUGAUAUGA